AUGACUGACAAAAGAAAUGCAGAUAUCCUGGAACCUCAUCAUGUUUGGUACUUUGUAACCUCUAAAAUUUGUUGUACACGUGCUUACUCACCCAAGCUUCGAAAGAGAUCUUUCCAGCAGCUGGGCCAAGCUAUGCGGCUUUCGAAGUGGGGAUACAGACUCUUGGUAACACCCAGAGCCUGGAGCUCCAAGUACUUCACCAUCUCAACAACAACCAGUCCAUUCGCAACAUGUACUGCUUUUGACCGUGAAUGGGUCUCAAACCUUCUGAACGGUUAUCUCAAUAUUUCAGACGAGUGGAUCGUCUAUGACGAGGCUUUCACUCUCGAGCCUAAGACGCCGCAGACCUCACAGCACUGUUUACAUCAGCUUGCAGGUGCUGUGUUGUUAGGUACUGAGAGUAGAGCAAGAGAUAGGUAUAGCGGGAAUAGUAGCGCUGGACUUACAGGCACGAAAAUUGAAGAGAGAACGGGAAGUCUCUUGGGGACGUACCUGGGUUCUUAA